AUGCGGAUGCCGCGACCAGACACCUGGCGAUGCACAUGCGAGUUUUUCGAGGUAUACAACGAGCAGAUCAGGGACCUACUGCAGCCUGGCCAUCCGAAGCAUGGAGCUCGUAUUGAAGGCUUGACGCUGCCUCUAGCUCAGGAAGAACAGGUGCUGUUCAACCUUGCUUUGCUGCUUUCCAAAGUGUCCGUCGUGAGCUCUGCAGAGGAAGUGAUGGAACUCCUGAACUUUGGCAACCAGAUGCGCACUGUGGACACUAUGACUUCGGAACUUCGACAGAAGGGCGACAACUGCGACUUCGAGCACACAGCCUCGAAUGCCGUGGUGCGGCCUGAAGUGCAGAGCCAAGAAGAUGCGAUGUUGAUUGCCAGACCCUUGAAGCCGCGACGGCUAUCCUUUUCGGGGAGCACUGCCAGCGGCAGUGGGUCCUUGAGUUUGGAUGACCUUGCCACGCCACAGACUACCGGAGGUCUGGACGAUGCCUUGGAGGUUGACCUGCGCAUGCCGCAUGGCCCACCCCCUGGGAUCUUGGAUCCACCCGGUGGCAGUGGCAGCCCACGCGGGGCGCCCCACGUUGCAGCGCCGGCGCUGCUAGCGAUGCCCGCCCCACCGCACUCAGAGAAGCCUGGGCCAUGUCAACUCUCAGAGUUGUUGCCUGCCCCAUCGGCCUAUGCGUCUUGGCCAGUGACGCCAGUUUCGGUGCCGCCCACUCCUAGCAGAGGCAUGCCAGCCGUUCCGGUGCUGGCCAGUGGCCCACCGACACCUUCAGGGGCCGCACCCGUCGCCUUUGCGGAUGCCUCGAAUCGCACGUUCCACCACAGAGCAGAGCAUGCAGCUUCCGAUGAGGAUGCCCUUCUGGUGCAAGCUCUAUCAUUGCUCAACAGCCUGCUCAGUGGACCCACCAUUCCGACCCUGCCGCCGAGCGUGUGCUACGGCGGGCUGAAAGUGUCUAAGGCUAUAUCAGAAGCACUCGGGUCAGAGGCAUGCAAGGUGCAGGCCGCGGCAGAAGGCCACGGCGAAAAUCCCGUCAAGGUGCUGCUGCCCCACUACCCCAUUCACCCGAACAUCCUCAGCAUCGACCACACGCAGCCAGCAAAGCUCCGAGACCCUGAGGCCAUCGACGAAGCAGAUGAGGUGGCCAAUGUGGCCAAGCAGCCAUACGGCCACAUGCUAAACUAUCCUGGGAUGGCGGGGCCGCCUCGACCGCUCCAGACCCCUCCCGGUGCUCAUGCCAUGGCACCUCCAAUGCCAGUCAUUCCGCGCUAG